AUCACUCAGCUUAGUCACAGGGUGUAUGUAUAACCCUGACAGCAGCAGCUUAUGUGAAGUUUAGUGUCAUAUACACAACAACGGAGUAACUGAGGGGUGUUUUAUUUGUUCAGUAAUGCCUGAAGAAGUGACUUACGCUACUCUCAAAUUUCCAAAUCCUUCUAAGACAAAGACACUCCAGGAGAGCUACAGUCAAAAGAAAACAGAUAAUCAAGAAGCUCAAGAGUUGGAGCUGCAUGGAGAAGCUGAGACUGGAACGGAGAGAAUCGAGGGCACAGUUAAGGUGUCCAAGAGCAGAGGACAGAGAGCUUCAUCACGUGUAUGGUACCAAAUUGCUUGUAUUUUACUAGUGCUGCACCUGGUAAUGCUGGCUGGACUGGGAACCCUGGGGUUAAUGUAUUACAAGGAAUUCAUCGGAUGCACUAAUCACAUGACAUCUGAACUACCAGAAAGUCAAAUGGAACAAUUGAGGAGAAAUCUGACUUUUUAUGUGGAGAUGUUUAACAAUGUCUCAAGUGAGCAUAGCAUUUUCAAAAAUAAGUCAGAAAACGAAAUAAGAGAGUUGAAAGAUUUAGCCUCCAAAAACUGCGAAGACUUAAAGCAGGAGGGGAAAGACCACACAUGCUCAGAGUUAUGGAUAUCACAUGGAGAUAAAUGUUAUUACUUUUCUACUACAGCAAACAAUUUUUCUGAGAUGAAUAACAGUGAUUGCAGAAUGAAUCAUUCCUAUUUAAUGCAUAUUAACAGUGAGAUUAAUACAAAUAGAACCCAGCUGUUCAUUUGUUGUCUUCCAUCAUCUGAUUCCUUGGUGGAUCUGAACUGUACUCUCAACAAGAAAAAUUAGAUAGCAGAGAAUGGUUCCAAGUUCUCUAUUAACUGGUCUGGCACCUCCGUAACUAUUUCAAGUGUUGAAACAUUGAAAUAUGCAGAAUUAGAUGGAAAGAAAAUGAUUGGAAAAUCUAACAAGUAUAGCAGUUAGGAUAUUUGUGAACAGAAAGUAACUGUAAUAACUUGUCAGUCCCAGAAAAAUUCAAGUGCUCCACUGCUAUGUUAUGGGACCAUAAAAAGGACCAUGCAAAGAAUCUUCACAAAGGGGGGGAAAAAAAAAGACUGCUUUGUGACCUUUAAAACUUUUAUCAAAACAUUAAAAACUCUCUUACUAUUGAUUAUAAAUGCAUAGGAAAUGAAAAAAAUAGUAUAACUAAGGUUAGUCAGUACAUUGCAAUUUAAAACCUUAACAAUAUUGAGAAUUAAAGUUUUAAUUUCCUCUAUCAAGAGCAGCAUGAACAGUGCUUGUCUUCUUGUCGUAUAAAUUACUGUAUGGCGCAAGCAUCUUUUCUUUGCCUUGGCAAAGGUUGUAAGCUUGGAUCACCUUGCAACAUUUGUGCUUUCAAUGAUGUGAAAUAGCUCUAAGAAUUUCUUUAAUGUGAAGUUGUUUGCAGGCAUCACUUCCUUUGGGAUAUCAACUUCUUCAUCAUAAGCACUUUCUUCCUUUAUGUCGACACAUUCCCUUCACUGAGUUCCUCUGGCUGCACACCUAGAGUCUCUGAAAUGGCAGCAGUGCCAACAUUCCCACAGCAAGCUAUUUCUUCUUUAACUCCAUUGAGAUUCCAUUUGAAUCUUGAAAUAACUUCUUGGUCUGUUGGCUGGGUUGAUGAAGUUGUGUUUGGUGGUAAUGGGUAAACUUCAUUAUUCAAUCAAGACUCAAAGAGAGUCAGAGGACCUGGAGUAUUAUUCAACAGUAGUAGUGCUCUAAAAAUUAUUUUACCCACAGUAAAGAGGGGAAGAAGAGGGAAAACAACUGUAUGCUUCACUGUCUAAAUGUGCAUUGAAUAAGAAAUUCUCAGUGAUGAAUCGUGAACAGACAUUGAAAGAAACGACAAGACUGAUCGCUGAUCAUUAUGAAAACCUGUAACUUACAUAGUAGCAAAGUUUGUACUUUAUGAAAUUAUUCAUAGCUAUUAAUGUACCAUGGUAAAUAAAAACUGGUUUGUGUUUUCUGGA